AUGGUUCUUGCUGCGCGUUGUGGGCAGGCGGCGACGCUGCUGCGCCAGCGAUGUCUCGCUGAGGCUCGUCCUGCUCUUUCUCUCCGCUCCUUCACCUCCAAUGCCUCCAUUCGCUCAUCGGCCGCGGCCCUGCGCCUGCAGAAGCUUCCCUCCGCUGGUCGCUCGCAGCAGCUGCGCGCCUUCUCCAGCACCAUCAACCGUUUGGCUGCUGCUCAGAGUGCUCCUUCGUCCGAGUCGUACCUCGCUAGCGGCGUUGUGAAGCCUGGCCGCAACCUGGUGGAUGUUAAGAAGGUCCUGGUCAUUGGUUCCGGUGGUCUGAGCAUUGGACAGGCUGGAGAGUUUGAUUAUUCCGGCUCCCAGGCCCUGAAGGCUCUGAAGGAGGCUGGCGUUCAGUCCGUCCUUAUCAACCCUAACAUCGCGACCAUCCAGACCGACCACAAGCUGGCCGACGAGGUCUACUAUCUCCCCGUCACCCCCGAAUAUGUCACCCACGUUAUUGAGCGUGAGCGCCCCGACGGCAUCUUCCUGACCUUCGGUGGUCAGACCGCUCUCAACCUGGGUGUGCAGAUGAACCGCAUGGGUAUCUUCGAGCGCUACGGUGUUAAGGUUCUGGGAACCAGCAUCAAGACUCUGGAGACCAGUGAGGACCGUGACCUGUUCUCCCAGGCCCUCAACGAGAUCAACAUUCCCAUUGCCGAGUCCAUUGCCGUCGGUACUGUCGACGAUGCUCUGAAGGCCGCCGAGGAGGUCGGUUACCCCAUCAUUGUCCGCUCCGCCUAUGCCCUUGGUGGUCUCGGUUCCGGCUUCGCUGCCAACCCCGAUGAGCUCCGUGAUCUGUCUUCGCGCUCUCUCUCUCUUGCUCCCCAGAUUCUCGUUGAGAAGUCCCUCAAGGGCUGGAAGGAGGUCGAGUACGAGGUUGUUCGUGAUGCUGACAACAACUGUAUCACUGUUUGCAACAUGGAGAACUUCGACCCUCUGGGUAUCCACACUGGUGACAGUAUCGUUGUCGCUCCCUCCCAGACUCUGUCUGACGAGGAGUACCACAUGCUCCGUACCGCUGCCAUUAAGAUCGUCCGUCACUUGGGUGUCGUUGGCGAGUGUAAUGUUCAGUACUCUCUCCAGCCUGAUGGCCUUGACUACCGUGUCAUUGAGGUGAACGCUCGUCUCUCGCGUUCGUCUGCUCUGGCUUCCAAGGCUACCGGCUACCCUCUUGCCUAUACCGCUGCUAAGAUUGGUCUCGGACACACUCUGCCCGAGCUCCCCAACGCCGUUACCAAGACCACCACUGCCAACUUCGAGCCCUCUCUGGACUACAUUGUCACCAAGAUCCCCCGUUGGGAUCUGAGCAAGUUCCAGCACGUGAACCGCGACAUCGGCAGUGCCAUGAAGUCGGUCGGUGAGGUCAUGGCUAUUGGCCGUACCUUCGAGGAGUCGCUCCAGAAGGCUAUCCGCCAGGUUGACCCCAAGUACCUUGGUCUGCAGGGUGACCACUUCGAGGACCUCGAUGAUGUCCUGGCGAACCCUACUGACCGCCGUUGGUUGGCUGUUGGUCAGGCUAUGCUCCACGAGGGUUACACCGUCGAUCGUGUUCACGAGCUGAGCAAGAUCGAUAAGUGGUUCCUGUACAAGAUCCAGAACAUUGUUGACUGCAACAACGAGCUGAAGGAGAUUGGCAGCCUGUUCGGCAUCACUGCCGAGACUAUGCUGAAGGCCAAGAAGCUCGGUUUCUCCGAUAAGCAGAUCUCUCUGCUUGUUGGUGCUUCCGAGGAUGACGUUCGCGCCCGCCGUAAGUCCUUCGGUAUUACCCCCUGGGUCAAGAAGAUCGAUACCCUGGCUGCCGAGUUCCCUGCCGACACCAACUACCUGUACACUACCUACAACGCCAGCUCGCACGAUGUCACCUUCGAUGACCACGGCACUCUGAUCCUUGGUAGCGGUGUGUACCGUAUUGGUAGCUCCGUCGAGUUCGAUUGGUGCGCCGUCAACGCUACUCUCUCCCUGCGCAAGAUGGGCAAGAAGACUGUCAUGAUCAACUACAACCCGGAGACUUACUCCACUGACUUCGAUACCGCUGACAAGCUCUACUUCGAGGAGCUGAGCUACGAGCGUGUCAUGGAUAUCUACGAGCUCGAGAGCGCUAGCGGUGUUGUUGUCUCUGUCGGUGGCCAGCUGCCCCAGAACAUUGCUCUGCGUCUCCAGGAGACCGGUGGUGCCAAGAUUCUGGGUACCGACCCCCAGGACAUUGACAAGGCAGAGGACCGUCACAAGUUCUCUCAGAUCCUGGACAGCAUUGGUGUUGACCAGCCUGCUUGGAAGGAGCUCACCUCCGUUGCCGAUGCUGAGAAGUUCGCCGAGUCCGUUGGCUACCCCGUCCUGGUCCGCCCCUCUUACGUCCUGUCCGGUGCCGCCAUGAACGUCAUCUACAGUGUUGACGAGCUCAAGGAGAAGCUCCUCAACGCCAGCGCCGUUUCCCCUGACCACCCCGUCGUUAUCACCAAGUUCAUCGAGGGUGCUGAGGAGAUUGACGUUGACGCUGUCGCUUCCAACGGUAAGCUCCUGGUCCACGCUGUCAGUGAGCACGUUGAGCCUGCUGGUGUCCACUCUGGUGAUGCUACCCUGGACAUUGCCGAGAAGGUUGCCAAGGCCUGGAACAUCACCGGUCCCUUCAACAUGCAGAUCAUCAAGGCCGAUCAGGAGGGUGCUGAGCCUCAGCUCAAGGUCAUCGAGUGCAACCUGCGUGCUUCUCGUUCCUUCCCCUUCGUCAGCAAGGUCCUGGGUACCAACUUCAUCGACGUCGCCACCAAGGCGCUCGUCGGCCGUGAUGUCCCCGAGCCCGUUGACCUGAUGAAGGUGAAGCGUGACUACCUCGCCACCAAGGUUCCCCAGUUCUCCUGGACCCGUCUGGCUGGUGCCGACCCCUUCCUGGGCGUCGAGAUGGCCAGUACCGGUGAGAUUGCCUGCUUCGGUAAGGACCUGGUCGAGGCCUACUGGACCUCCCUCCAGUCCACCAUGAACUUCCGUGUGCCCGAGUCUGGUGAGGGUAUCCUCCUCGGUGGUGAUGUCACCCAGCCUUACCUGUCCACCAUCGUCAACUACCUGAACCCUCUCGGCUACAAGUUCUACGCAGCCAACCCUGAGGUCAAGGCUCACCUUGAGUCUACCUGCAAGGACAACGUCUCCGUCACCGUCAUUGAGUUCCCCAAGAAGAACAAGCGUGCUCUCCGUGAGGUUUUCCAGAAGUACGACAUCCGUGGUGUCUUCAACCUGGCCAAGACCCGUGGUAAGACCCAGCUGGAUGAGGACUACGUCAUGCGCCGCAACGCUGUCGACUUCAGCGUUCCUCUGUUCAUGGAGCCCAAGACUGCUACUCUCUUCGCUCAGUGCAUGCACGAGAAGCUCCCCCGCGCCGAGGGUAUCCCCUCCGAGGUUCGCACCUGGUCCGACUUCGUUGGUGGCAAGGAGGCGCUGUAA